AUGUCCAUUAGUGUUGAUGUCCAACAUAAGAUGAUAGUAGAUGAAAAUGUGGAAACAAAGAAGACUGGAAAUGAGAAGAAAGGGAACCCGAUACCAUCAAGGUCUCAAAUCUAUCAUCCUUUGGACCCAUUGUAUCGAGACGAAAUUAUUGUGGCGGUUGCAACUAUAAAGAAAACGGUUGAGGAAAUUGAUAACAUUCGAUUAAUUGAAGUUGUUCUGUUCGAACCAGAGAAGAAUAUUGUGGCAUUAGCAGAUUCAUAUUUCUUUCCACCGUUUUAUUCAUCGUUGUUUCCUUUAACACAAUUUGGUUCGCUAAUUCCGAACAAACUUCCUCCAAGAAAAGCUAAACUUAUUUCGUAUAACAAAAAGUCAAAUGAGACGUACAUUUGGAUUGUUGAAAUAACUCAAGUAGAUGGUAUUAAAAAAGGAGAAAUCAUCUCAUCAAAUCUUGUUAAAGAUGUUCAGCCACCCAUGGAUGGUGUUGAAUAUAAUGAAUGUGAAGCAGUUGUUAAGGACCAUCCACCAUUUCAAAAGGCAAUGAAAAGAAGAGGAAUUGAUGAUAUGAAGCUAGUGAUGGUUGAUCCAUGGUGUGUGGGAUAUUAUUCUGAUAAAGAAGAUCCCAGUCGAAGACUUGCGAAACCACUUAUAUUUUGUAGAACAAAAAGUGAUUGUGCACUUGAAAAUGGCUAUGCACGACCUGUAGAAGGCAUUCAUAUUCUUGUUGAUUUACAAAAAAUGGUUGUGAUUGAAUUCGAAGAUCGUAAACUUGUACCCAUACCUCCAUCUGAUCCAUUGAGAAACUAUACUGCUGGUGCAUCUAGGGGAGAAGUUGAUAGAAAUGAUAUUAAGCCUCUACAAAUCAUUCAACCAAAUGGACCUAGUUUUAAUAUUCAGGGUCAUUUUGUGGAGUGGCAAAAGUGGAAUUUCCGAAUUGGAUUUACUCCAAGGGAGGGAUUGGUCAUCCAUACUGUUGCAUACAUUGAUGGUAGUAAUGGUCGAAGAUCUAUAGCUGAUAGAUUGAGCUUUGUUGAAAUGGUUGUGCCAUAUGGUGAUCCUAAUGAGCCACAUUACAGAAAGAAUGCAUUUGAUGCAGGGGAAGAUGGUCUUGGAAAAAACGCACAUUCCCUUAAGAAAGGAUGCGAUUGUUUGGGACAUGUCAAGUAUUUUGAUGCUCAUUUUACAAACUUUAUUGGAGGAGUUGAAACAAUUGAAAAUUGUAUUUGUUUGCAUGAAGAAGAUCAUGGCAUCUUAUGGAAACAUCAAGAUUGGAGAACUGGUUUAUCUGAAGUUAGAAGAUCUAGAAGACUUACAGUUUCAUUUAUGUGUACUGUUGCAAAUUAUGAAUAUGGUUUCUUUUGGCACUUUUAUCAGGAUGGGAAAAUUGAAGCCGAAGUUAAAUUAACAGGAAUUUUAAGUGUUGGAACUCUUCAAGCUGGAGAAUAUCGAAAAUAUGGAACAACUAUUGCUCCGGGACUAUAUGCUCCUGUACAUCAACAUUUCUUUGUUGCUCGAAUGAAUAUGUCUGUUGAUUCUAAGACUGGUGAACCAUGCAAUCAGGUUGUUGAACUUAAUCUUAAAGUUGAAGAACCUGGGAUGAAUAAUGUUCAUAAUAAUGCAUUCUACGCUGAAGAGACAUUGCUCAAGUCCGAAUUGCAAGCAAUGCGAGAUUGUAAUCCUUUGUCAGCUCGCCAUUGGAUUGUUAAGAAUACAAAAACUGUUAAUAGAACUGGACAUCCAACUGGUUACAAGCUAGUACCAGGCUCAAAUUGUUUUCCAUUAGCACGUCCUGAGGCCAAGUUUUUGAGAAGAGCCGGUUUUCUAAAGCAUAACAUCUGGGUAACAUCUCAUUCCCGUGACGAGAAUUUCCCAGGAGGUGAAUUUCCUAAUCAAAAUCCUCGUGUUGGUGAAGGCUUGACAUCGUGGGUUAAAAAAGAUCGAUCCUUAGAAGAAGCAGAUAUUGUUCUAUGGUAUGUCUUUGGGAUUAGUCAUGUUCCACGACUUGAAGAUUGGCCCGUUAUGCCAGUAGAACGCAUCGGAUUUACGCUUCAGCCACAUGGAUUCUUUAAUUGCUCGCCAUGCAUUGAUGUCCCUCCUAAUCGGUCUGAAACUAACUCCAAAGAUAUCGUUGCGAAGUCCGACUCAAAUGGUGUCAUAGUUUCAAAGCUUUGA